AGGGUUUAUACGUAUCGAUAGUAAGACCAUUCGUGUUCGUUAGCAAAAGAGUACAUUUUGGACGUGUUACUUGCUUCACGAAUUGCUGCAGAUGUCUUUUAUCCAGCGCGUGUACGUUAUUGCUAUUUAGCAUAUCCGCGGACUAAGCAGCGUUUACUGGCAACCGUGCUUGAAGUGCAAAUUAUCAUAUGCUUUAGGGACGCUUUGCCCCCGGGCGGGGCGUGCCCCUUGAACUUAAGACCGCCAAUCCAUGGAUGAACAAGCAUGCCCUAUUUCAAACGCGCAACAGCUGCGCGUCGUGCAGCAACUGCUAUGGGACGUCAUUUCACAGCAUCUUUAUCCUGCGGAGCGCGACGAGAUUCGCCGCGCCCUGGGCAGCGCCCUGCUAGAUGAGAACGAGGCUCUGUUUGCGGAAGCUGCGGCGCUGGCGGACAUCCUGGGGGACGUGCAACUGAACACAUCGGCGCUGCUGGCCCGCCAGCAGCUCUGCAGCAACCCGCAACGCAGCAUGGUGGAGACGGAGAUCCUGCUGCUGGUCGAGCGGCUGCACAGUGCCGCCGCCAGCACCCCCUUCGGCUCCGCGGCGGUGCGGGAGCGCGACCCCGAGGCGCUGCUGCCGCGGGCACAGGGGCGCAAGGACCGGGCGGUGCUGGACUACGUAGCAACCGUGGCGCAGAUAGCUGAAACUGGCGGCCGCCCACCUUCCGCCGUCCUUCCUCCUCGUCCACCCACCGCUGCCUCAACCACCUCCGCCCCCUCCGCCUCACGCCCGGGUACCGCCUCGCGCCCUCACACCGGCCUCUCCGCCUCCUCCACCUCCGCCCCAACGUCCCGCCCGGGCACCUCCUCCACCCCCCUCCUCCCUCUCUCCUCCUCCCUACUCCUCACACACGGCGCCUCCUCCUCCACCGCCGCCGCCUCCCUCUCCCGCCCCUCCACCGCCUCCUCUGCUGCCUCCUCCUCAGCCGCUGCUGCCGGCCGCUACACGGACGCCCCCAGUGUGGUUGCCGGCGUGGCGGACAGGCUCAGCCUCACCACCAUCGAGACGGUGCGCGAGCAGCUGCGGGCGGCGCUGGCGGACGAGAGGGCGGCGCUGCUGGAGGACAUUGGGUACCUGCAGGGACUGCUGGAUGCGGAGGCAGACCUGCAGGUCCGCGCCGCCGCACCGCCGCCCAGCCUGGCGGAGUUGCGGGACUAUUCCUGCCGGCUGGCGGCGGUGGUGGCGGAGGAGGAGGCGCGGGUGGAGCAUGAGGUGCGCGUAUCAGCCAUGUUUGCGGCGGCGGAGCAGCAGCACAGCCGGGCGGGCAGGCUCAGAGGCAUGGUGGAUGCCUCGCGACGGCCGCCGUCGGCUGGGGGAGGGGAAGCAGGGACGGGGAGCGCGUCAUCGUCAUCGUUGCAGGCACCCGGGAGGUGCAGUAUCGGAGGCGGCAGUGGCAGCAGUAGCAGCAGCGGGGGAGUUCAGAGGCUGGUGGUUCACGGUGCUGGCGGCGAUGGGGAGGAUGUGCUACCGCUACGUCGUCAGCAUGAGGGGCAGGCGGGGCAGCGCCAGGGGCGGCCUAGCAGUGCCGGUGGCGUCACGGCGGCGGCAGCCCCUGCGGCAGCCGCGUCGUUACCACGGCCUGGGAGCGGCGGCAGCGGCGGCGGCUUGUUAACAGCACAUGCGCCUCACCUAGCCUCGCUCACCUCAGCGUCGCGGCCACCAAGCGGGCCAGCGCCGCCGCCGCUUGCUGCGGGGCCGCUUCGUGCUCCGCAGUCUGCUGCUGCAUCAGCCUCAGGCGUUGGAGGCUCCGGCAACGAGGCAAGUCCUGUGGCAUCCGGUCUGAGACAUCCCUCGCCGUCAACGUCCACUCGGUUACGGCCGGCGUCUCCGUCAACUCCCUUGCAGCCGGCAACCGCCUCCGCAGCUGACCCCGCUGCUGCCGCUGCACCGCCUCAGGCUCCCCUUCUAGCCAAAGCCCUGCCCCUGCCGUCCUCGCAUUCUCCUUCAAAACCGCUCCACACGCCUCCCAAGCCCCAGCCUCCAGCUGCCCAGCCUCAUUCACCACAUAUGCCGCCACGAAAAGAGCCCUCUCCCGCCAGGACGACUGGCGGUGCUGCCGCGGCUAGUGGCCUCGGGCCCCCACCUGCGGGCCCUCCGUUGCUCCGGUUAAGCAGUGUUGCCUCCCCGGGAUCUGGGUCACCCUCGCUUGCCCCUCUGCGGUUGCGGUCGGGCUCGGCAGGCCCCUCAGCACUGGAGCGGAGCAAGAGCAGCGGCAGCAGCGGCGCUCUAAAUGGGGUCAGCAGCCCCAUUGCGGCGGGGCCAGCGGCAGCCAGUAGCAGCAUGCACCCCGUGUCGUUGUCGCGGCCGAGCAUGGCUACAUCGGGAAUGACCGCCGCUGGCAGUUGUACGGCAGUACGAUCAAGUAGCGGCAGCAGCGCGGGUGUCGUUGCGUCGGCAGCGGCUCCUCCUCCUCCUCCCGCGAAGGGGGGAGCGACGGCGGCGGUGGGGCCCGCGGGAUCUCAUGUCAUACAGCAGCAGCAGCGAAUACCAACCGUCGGCAACGGGCGUCGCGGCAGUGUUGUUGAGCAGUUAGAGGCGGAGGUGGACGCGGUGAGGGGCGGCGUGGCGGCGAUCUUGGAGAGGUACAACAUAAGGCCUUCCACGCCAUCGUCGUCGCCAGCCGCAGCCUCCGGGUCCGCAAUGACGUCCUCUUCCGCAGCAGCGCAACAGCAGCAGCAACAAGCUGGUAUUGCUGCUACAGCUGGCGUGUCUAGAGCUGUAGCACAGUAGCUUUUACGGCCACAUGGGCUUAAUGAUGGGGAAUGCGGCAAGUAGCUGAAUUACAGGAACUGGUGGAGCAGUGAAGCCAGGUUUCCUCUGGCCCCUCGCUGGGUUGUGCGGCAGCGGCUGGGGCCGGGGCCGCAGGUGGUGACGCUAGGUAGCUAGGUUGGGUCCGUGCCGCACCGGUAGGGGUGUGCGGAGCUGACAGGAGAUUGGUGGACUGUCGAACUUUCGAUCGCACGAGGGACUAGCGGAGGCCGCCCGGGAUAGCAAAUAGUAGGAGAGCAUGGGCGGUCUGGUCCAGUGGUGGUAUGGGCUUAGCCACCAUACUGCCUUUUGCAUCAAAACUGGUUUCGUCAUGCUUGGGUUAUGCUUGCCGUCAUGCCGUUUUUGGGAGCACCAGGCUCAGGCUGAGACAUUUUUAUGUUUGCAAACUGUCGAAGACUGCGUGUGUGCGCGCAGUGUGAACUGGUGAUAUUACGCGUGCGUAAAUGGCGCUCAUGCGUUAGCCGUAUGGUUAGCGGGAUGCGGAGCAUACCGAAUCUCGCUCUGGUGCUGUGGUAGCAUGCUGUGUGUUGAGCAUUUCGGCAGUCUACAUUGUAGACUCGCGGGGCGUCAAGGCCGCCUUCCUGCCUCGCCUGUUGGAGCGGCAUACUCCCCUUGUCGGACCUAAGGAACUGCCCCGGAAGAACUGCAUUACAAAACUGCCAGACACCAAUAGGUGCCAGCGCAGGCUAUCGUACGUCACAUGGUACGGUGUAGCCAACACAAGCCAUCCUCCGUACUCGACGUUCUGACCGCUGAAUGCUGUUAAAUGUUAGAGAUGAGGCAUGCAUCUAAGAAAGCGACACGCUUCAGGGACGCCUAGCUCUAGUGCACCCAAAACAGCACGUUUUAAGACAAUAACACUUCCACAACUAGUUGAAAGAGCUAAAGAAGCCAGAGACGCGAUAGAAGCGGCGGCGGCUGGAAUGUCCGGCAGCCGCAAUGGAUCGGGGCCUGCGGGCAGCAACCCGCAGCCGAGCCUCUCUGAUCUCAUGGCGGCGAUUCAAAACUUAGAGAACCGGCUGGACAAGCGGCUUGAGAAGAUCGAGACUAGGCAUGAUGAGAUGUGCACUGGUCUGGCCAAGGUGCAGUCGCGAAUGGAUACCCUGGAGGGGAGGCUGGAGGCGGUGGAAGCAAGCAGCACCAAGCAGUACGUGCAGCCCCGCAAGCUGAUCCUGCGUGUGCCGCCACAGCACGUGUCGGAACUGCACACCAUUGUUCCCAGCAUCCUCAAGGAGGUACGCCCGCACGAUGUCAUCGGAGUGCAGCUCAUCACCGUGCCGCCGAAGCUGGGAGCGAGAGGCGCCGCAGCAGAUGCCGCGGCUGCCGCAGCCCCGGCGCAGGGUGGCCGGCAGCAGGCACCCAUGACGCGGGUAGACCUGCUGGUGCACGAGGACGCACGCAAGACGGUCGCGGCGGCACUGGGCAAGCCACUCCGGGAGCGCUACGGCAUCAACGUCCAGGACUGCCUGACCAAGGCCGGGGUGGACGCGAAGACGAGACGCCAGUCCACGUACGCGCGCCUCAAGGCCGAGGGCAAACAGCCCCGCUGGGACCGCGGAGCGGAGAUCAAGAUAGUGGGAGCAGAUGGGAGAUUGGUGCCCUACACCGGGCCCUACGGGGCCCCGGCAGGAGCGGACACCAUGGAGGACACCUAGAGGAGUCCGAGCCAGAGGGCUGGUGCGUUGAAAGUAGUACAAUGGAAUAUUCGCGGGCUUAAGGACUGGAAACUUGAUAACAAUGAGUUACGGGGUAUAGCGGGUAGUUAUGACAUUGUGGUGAUUACGGAAACGCAUUUAGUGGGAGAUACGGUAGUGAAGGAGAUGCUACCGUCGGGUACGCUCCUGUUCACAGUAGAUGGCACGCCCAACAGAGGUGGGGUAGCUGUCUGGGUAAAUCGUAUGUUAGCUAGGGAUGUGCAGCUCCUUGGUGUGUCUAAGGUUCCUAAGGGCAUGGAGAGUAUCUGGUUAAGGGUGAAAGGGCAUGCUCUUAAUAUGGGGGGGCGUAGUUUGCUGAUAGCAGCCUGUUAUGCAGCACCCCAAGGUUCUGUUCAGUACAAUGACCAUGCGGGUAGAAGGCGUACUGACACCGUGGAUCGUGUUUUUGGUCGACUCCGUGCCUUGUUGCGAAGAUAUGUGCGUCCAUGCGAUGAAAUCCUCAUUUUGGGGGACCUCAAUGCGCGAGUAGCCAGCUUGAGUGAUAUACCAGAUCUCCAGGCUGAUGCUGAACUGGAGGCGGCGGCAGGUGUGUCGAUCGGAGGUAAUGGGCUCAUUCAAGGCAUGCCGAGCAGGCGCAGUAAGGACCCAUCCAGCAACCCAUUUGGGCAAGGUUUGGUCGAGCUGUGCCGCGAAACUGAACUGAUUAUCAUGAAUGGUCGUGUGCCCGGUGACAUGGAGGGUGAGUUCACGUUCUACCACGCCCACGGCCUUGCCUGCAGUAUGAUUGAUCUUUUUGUCUGCACGCCUGCUUUGUUCUCGCGGGCGUCGCAUUUGCAAGUGCUUGGCAUCCCCAUUGCUAUAGAGGGGCCUAAAGUGGGAUCGAGGCUCAGCGAUCACUGCCCGGUGUCACUCACUCUGGACGUUGGAUUAGGAGGAACGCGAAGGGGUGGCAACACGGGAUCCUCUCGCCUGGGGAAACGUGAGUGGGAGCGGUACACGCGCCUAUUUGAGGUAGAAGAUGCUGCUGUCGUACAGAAGAUUGACGAGGCUGUUAGCCAACUGGGCCAUGGUCUUAACAGUACGGAGGUUGUUACAGUGAUCUGUCGGGCUCUUAAGAAGGCUAUUGACGCCACGUUUCGUCUUGAGAGGAGGCAAGGGUCCAUUCCUAGUGCAGGCAGGACGGACAAGGAUGCGCCUUGGUGGACACCUGAGUGUGCGGAAGCCCGUGAGGCCAUGUUUGCUCAAAAGGCGCUCAUGCGUGCUAACGGUCUGCUGGGGGAUCAGGAUGCCAGAGCUGAGUUCAGUCGGUUGCGCACGAAGUAUCAACGUCUACGCAGGGAGGCUAAGGACAAGUUCCGGGUCAUGCAUUUUGAAGGAGUUAUCGAAGAAUGUCGGGGGGAUCCACGGGCGCUGUGGGGUCGGCUGAAUGGCAGAUUUAGUCAGGGGUGCCCUAUCACGGAUGUCAACAGUUGGGGAGCCUAUUUUAAUGCGCUGUUUAAUGGGGAAGUCAACGCGUUUAACGAAGUUUCCGCGGACACCAUCCUUAGUACCAUCAACGGUGUGCCACAUGGGAGGGGAAGAGGAUGGGUAAGGGCGACAGGCGAUCGGGUAGCACGAGUCACCGCUGCUGCUGCGCUCAAUGUUCCGUUCACCUUGGCGGAAGUCAUUGCUGCGCUGAAGUCUUUGCGUAAUAACAAGUCUGGGGGUUUGGACAGAGUACCGGCUGAAUGUUUCAAGUGUGCGACGAGAGAGGUUGAGGGUAGAAGGAUGUUUGUUUUAGCCCCUUACCUGCUCAAGCUACUAGAGCAUAUCCGCAGCACGGGGGAUUAUCCUGUGCAGUUUGAGGUCUCUGCGCUCACGCCCAUCCACAAAAAAGGCGAUGUGAUGGAGAAGGGUAACUAUAGGGGUUUAGCAGUGGGUGGUGUUUUGUCUAAGCUUUAUGCGUUUAUGUUGGAGCACAGGCUGUCUCGU